GAGCUCUCUCUCUUCUCUCACAGAGAGUCGCAAACAGUCGACUGGAGCUGAGGUUUUGGCGGUUUCAUGCUUUCGAUUACGAUUCGAGUCGGGAUCGAAGCUGUGGCGGUUAGUAAUGCGACCAAUUUCAAGGAGCUCCAAAGCGCAACCACCGUAAAAUCCAUUUGGAGCUGCGAUUUUUUAUGAUUUUCAACCGAGGCAAAUUCGCAAGCACAUGGCGGGUGAGUUCAACCCCGGCGGCUUCCACCACCUCUACAAAUCCGGCGGCGGAGGGACGAGCAGCGGCUCCUCCGGAGAGCACGACCUGAUUCCCGUGCCCAAUUACUACGGGGGGAGCUUGAAUUUGGGGGGGAUGCAGUAUUUCAGCUCCGCGGCGGGCCCUUCCUCCUCCUCCUCGUCGCCGCUUCUGCUGGACUCUGUUCCAGGGUUGAAGCACGACACGGGGCUGGCAGUGGAGUGGUCUGUGGAGGAACAGUAUAAGUUGGAGGAAGGUCUGGCCAAGUAUGCGCAUGAACCCUAUAUUCUGCAGUAUAUUAAGAUAGCAGCUUCCCUCCAGGACAAAACUGUACGUGAUGUCGCUCUUCGGUGUAGAUGGAUGAUGAGAAAGCGAAGGAAACAGCAGGACCUGAGCUUUGGGAAGAAAAUGAAGGAAGGAAAGAAUAAACUAAUGGAAGCAUCUCUAAAGAAUAAAGUCUCUUCAGCUCCGCCAUUGAACCUGCCUGCAUAUUCUUUGCCUUCAAACCAUCAUAAUCAGAGUGAGUACAUAUUUUCCGGAGUACUUAGUUACGGAGUCGGGCAUCUGUUGGAAGAAAAUAACCAUGCUUUUGGUCAAAUAUCUACAAAUCUUUCAACUCUCAAGUUGCAGGAAAAUAUUAAUCUCUUUUUUCGUACAAGGAACAACUUAACCACAGUUUUGAACGACAUAAAAAACAUGCCUGGGAUUAUGAGUCAGAUGCCACCACUUCCCGUUCUUGUAAAUGAGGAACUUGUUUGUAGUAUUUUUCCGCAUUCAUCUCAGCACAUGACAUUUGGCGCUUCAAGUUCAAUACCUCUGAAGCAGGAGCCAGGAUGCUGAUUGCUGAUGAACAUAUUCAUAACUCGGGUCACGCCAGCUGGGUCCUUGUUAAGUACGGAAAUUUUGCUGUAAAGGUGCAAGAAGCUGGCAGGUUUUCCAGCUUUGUGUACGUCUCCCAGAGGAAUAGCACGUCGUGCCUUGUUGAAAGAGGCUCGGAGAUAUUCGAACGUUUGGAUUGUUCACGGUGCAGCAGAUGCAAAUGCAGAUGGUCGCAAAGCGUUGUUUUGGAAGCAUGAGAGAAGACAGUGCCAUGUUUUCGGAGAUAAGCUGCUGUUGCCUUCGGUGUGUAAAAGUGUACACCAAAAUAGAAACUAGUAUGGAUCUUAUCGAAUUUGCUGAAUUAUUUCACCUAAAUAGCCACCCUCUAAUCAUGAUGAUAUUGAUGAUGUAUUUUAUUCCCAAUAAAAAUGGUUAAUCUGAUUUUGGAGGUGA